AUGUACUAUAUUAGUACUGUCAUGCCCUCCGUUGUAAGCAAUGUCGUAUCUGAAUGGUCCGGUACCGGUUCUCAGACAUAUUCUACAGUUAAUAGUAUCUUCACAGGUACAGAUGGUAUUGAGACAGUAGAGCGUAUCUAUUACGUAUACGUUCCAGCGCAAACAUCUUCUAGCGUUGUUUCUUCUUCAGAGCAAUCUAGUUCUGAGUCGACCAUUGCCUCAUCUCUUGUCUCUACAUCAGUUUCUGGUUCAUACACUAUUUUGUCUGCUAUAUCUAGUUCAGAACAAGUUCCAUCAUCAGCCGUUCUAUCUGCUUCGAAAUCUGGUUAUUUCAACAGUUCCUCUGCUUUCUCUAGUUCAAUUCCAGAAUCUUCUUCAAGUUCAUCAUUUGCUGAAACGAGUUCAUACUCUAUUUCAGAAUCAGCUUCUCAAUCAUCUAGCUUGUCUAGUAUUGCUUCAGGAUCCGCUACUCAAGUUUCUAGUGCCUCUGAAACAUCAUCCGGCUUAUCCGUAACACCAUCUUUGAGCUCUGAGUCUACUGCAGCUUCGUCUCUUGUCUCUGUAUCGAUAUCUGGUUCUUACACAAUAUUAUCUGCUGUUUCUAGUUCUGAAGAAACUACACCUUCAGUCGCUCUAUCUGCUUCGAAGUCUGGUUAUUUCAAUAGUUCAUCUGUUCAAUCUAGUUCGUCUAUUGCAUCUAGCUCAAUACUAUCGUUAACUUCAAGCUCUUCCUUAAGUGCCUCUAGUUCAAGUUCAAGUUCACAAACAGUUUUAACUUCAUCAUCUUCUGGUGCUUCAAGCUCAGCUUCUGAAAGUGCCACAGGCGCUUCCAGCUCAACUGCCCAAACAUCUUCUGGUGCUUCUAGUUCAGUUGCUCAAACCUCAGUUGCAUCAAGCUCAGUUGCCCCAUCUUCAGGUGCUUCUAACUCUGUCGUCCCAUCUUCUGGUGCUUCCAGCUCAGCUGCCCCAUCUUCUGGUGUUUCCAGCUCCGCUUCUCAAGCAUCUGGUGCUUCUAGCUCUGUUGCUCAAACCUCGGGUGCUUCCAGCUCUGUUGUUCCGUCUUCUGGUGCUUCCAAUUCAGUUGCCCCAUCGUCUGGUGCUUCUAGCUCUGUUGUUCCAUCUUCUGGUGCUUCUAGCUCAGCUUCUCAAGCAUUUUCUGGUGUUUUAAGCUCCGCUUCUCAAGCAUCCUCUGGUGUUUCAAGCUCAGCUGCCCCAUCGUCUGGUGUUUCUAGCUCUGUUGUUCCAUCAUCUGGUGCUUCAAGCUCUGUUGCUCAAACCUCUGGUGCUUCCAGCUCAGUUGCCCCAUCAUCUGGUGCUUCCAGCUCUGUUGUUCCAUCUUCUGGUGCUUCCAGCUCUGUUGCUCAAACCUCAGGUGCUUCCAGCUCUGUUGCUCAAACCUCAGGUGCUUCUAGCUCUGUCGUUCCAUCCUCUGGUGCUUCCAGCUCUGUCGCUCAAAUCUCUGGUGCUUCCAGCUCUGUUGUUCCAUCUUCUGGUGCUUCCAGCUCAGUUGCUCAAACCUCUGGUGCUUCCAGCUCAGUUGCUCAAACCUCUGGUGCUUCCAGCUCAGUUGCUCAAACCUCUGGUGCUUCAAGCUCAGUUGUUCAAUCUUCUGGUGCUUCCAGCUCUACGUCACUCACCUUUUCUGGUUUGAAGGUAUCUUCUGAGAGCAUUCGAAGUGUUUUGACUAUCCCAACUCCAUAUACCACUACUAUUGUUUCCGGAACUACUACUGUGACAGAUAUAGUUUCAUAUUUCAAAACAAAGGAUAGUGUUGGUGAAGAUAUUGUUGGUUCAACAACCUAUCCUGCUGUUUCCUCAAGCGUUCUUUCAAACUCCGCCCAAACAUCAGGUGGGAUUAUACCACCUCCAUACACUACCACUGUUGUCUCUGGUACCGUCACUGAAACCGCCAUCGUCUCUGUGUACACCACUGUUGAUGCUGCUGGUAAUCCAGCCACUGCUACCACGACCAUUGCCUUGACUGGCUCUGCCUCUCAAGGUGUUGUUCCACCUCCAUACACUACCACAGUUGUCUCUGGUACCGUUACUGAAACUGCCAUUGUUUCAUGCUACACUACUACUGACUCUGCCGGUAAGCCAUCUACUGCUACCACGACCAUUGCCUUGACUGGCUCUGCCUCUCAAGGUACUGUUCCACCUCCAUACACUACUACAGUUGCCUCUGGUACCGAAGUUGGAACUUAUAUUGUUUCUCACUAUAAAACUACAAAUUCUGCUGGCGUUGAAUCUAUUGGUGCAUCUUCCACCAAAAUUUUAGCUUCUCCAAGUGCUACUUCUGAGUCUUUGGCCGCGGUGACAUCAACCGUAAUUGUCGAAACUGUAACUGAAGUGGAGACCGAAAUUCAAACUGUUGUAAACACCAACAGUAAUGAAGGUGUUGCUUCCUUCCCUGGACCUUCAAAUACAAGAAUUGUGUCUGGUACUGCUCCAUCAGCGGUCACUGCUACAAAUAUAUCAGGUGGAAGUCAAGUAACUAACUUUGUUUCUCAGUAUACUACCACUAAUUCUGUAGGUGAAUCUGUUGUUCAAUCAAGCACUAAAGUUUUAUCUUCGGUGGCCCAGCAAGAAGGAUCAUCUGUUGACAAUAGAAAGACAUCUAUUUUAUCUCCUACUUCAAAUAUUGCUACUGCUAGCGGUUCGCAAAUAACGAAUAGUCAAUCCACAAAUACUGCUGAGAUUGAAUCCUACCAAGGUUCAGCUGUUUCGAAAUCUGUCAAUGGUUCAUUCCUAUCUAUGAUUGCAUUGAUGGUGCUGGCCAUUGUUUGA